AUGGGCUACAAGCGCCGCGCCGAGGCGGGCGACACGUUCCUCGACGCGCCGCUCUACGCCGGCGCGACAGCCGUGCGGCGCUACCGCCAGGACGGCAUCACGGCUGUAGCGCUGGCGGCGGACGAGCUCACCCUGGCAGUUGUAGCGGGCGCGCGCGUCGCGCUCUACAGCCUGCCGGCGCUGGUGGCGCCGUCUCCUGUGCUCAAAACGGACGAGGAGGUGAGUCUGUGCGCUGAAUAUGCGGCUGUAGCGCCGGUGAGUCCGGAGACAGUGCCUUGUCCUGAACUCCCACCCCACACCUGCUCCCUCCCCAUCGCCCCCCUCUCAGCCGCGUGGAGCCCCUGCGGCAUGUUCCUGGCGGUGUGCUCCGCCUCAGCGCGCCUCACUUUCCACUCCGACCUGCUGCUGCCACUCUUCAACCUCUCCCUCGCCCUGCCCCCCUUGGGCGAUUGCCCCACCUCGGUGACAACGGUGCGCUGGGUGGCGCCCAACGCGCUACUACUGGAGGGGGAGGCGGAGGAUGAGGACUUUGGGGAGCCCACGCGCUCGCUCUUCUGCCUCUCCUCAUUGCAUGGCAACCUGCACGAGGAGGCGAGCAGCAAGGAGGUGCGGCAGCUGGAGGGGGCGUUUGCCGGCGUGGAGGACGUGCCAGGUGGCGGCAUGCUACUGGCCACGCUGCAGCAGUGGCAGGUGGCGGUGGCGGUGUGUCAGCGCAGCAGGGACUAUCACGUCAACGUGCUCGGAUGGUUCCCCGCACCUUCCUCCUCCGCUGCGGGCAAGGAGGAGGAGGAGCAGGAGGGCGGGGGGUGGGGCAACGCGCGGGUGUGUGAAAUCGCCAACGACCGAUGGCUGGCGUGCAUUCAAAAGCAGGUGAGUGGCGAUGACAACCAGGUGGUGGGGGCGGCAGUGGACGUGUGUUCAGCAUGGGCCGCUCCCCUGCAUUUGGUUCCGGUUCUGCUCCUGCCUUUGGGUCUGCUCCUGCCUUUGGCCGCCCUCUUCGCCAUGCCACCUGCAAAGCUAGCCGAAACUCCCACUGCUGCUGCCCCCCCUGCCGCCGCUGCCCCUCCCCCCGCGUCCUCCCCCUCGCCCCUCGCCCCUGCGCCCUGCUCCACUCUCUUCGCCGCCUUCUCCCGCCCCCCUGACUCCUCCAAACCGCUCUCGCCCUUCCCCUUCCCCUCCUCCACCUCCAAACCCGCCUCUCCCUUCCCCUUCCCCGCUGCCCCUGCUGCCAAAGACUCCCCCCCAGCUGCCCCUUCCGCAUUCCCCCCAUUCGUCCCCCCCACCUCCGCCUCCCCCUUUGCUCCCCCCGCCUCCUCCUCCUCCCCUUUUGCCCCGAGCGUUUGUUGUUGGGAGGACAGGGAGGAGGAGGAGGAGGAGGAGGAAGAGGAGGAAGAGGAGGAAGAGGAGGAGGGAGAAUACGAAGAAGAGGAGUACGAAGGGGAGGAAGAGUAUGAGGAAGGGGAGGAGUAUGAGGAAGGGGAGGAGGAGUAUGAGGAGGGGGAGGAAGAGGAAGAAGGGGAGGUGUAUGAGCAAGAGGAGGAAGCACGGCCAACUGUUCCCAAGCCAGAAGCAGUCUUCCCACACCCCUCCGCACUCCUCCCCACCGCUCUCUCCCCCGAUCAGCGCCAGUCCCUGCUCCCCAAACGCUCCCCAGCGCUAUCCUCCCCACCAGCAGCGGCAGCAGGCGGGGUGAUAGAGGCGCUGAUAGGCGCAAUGGGGGAGAUCAGGGGGAUGAGCGCGGAGGUGCAGAGCGCAGUGGAGGGGGGGACGCUGGGGGAGAGGCUGAAGGAGGUGGAGGGGCGCGUGAGGGAGAUGGGGGGUGCUGUGAAAGGGUUUAAGAGCGGUGUGGAGGAGUUGAGAGGGCUGGUGGAGGAGCUGAGGGAUGGGAACUUGAUGGCGGAGGACAGGGUGGUGCGCGCAUCCCACUGGGUGCGCCUGCUCGCCUCCCCCUCGCUCACCUCGCUGCAUGCCGACCAGCCCCUGCCGCCAUCGCUGCAGCAGCAGCGUCAACGCGUGCUCGCGCUCAGACAGGAGGUGCGGGUGCGCCUGGCAGAGCUGCAGCAGAUGGCGCAGGAGGAGGAGGCACGGCGUCGGCAGGAGCAGAGGGAGCGGGAGCGAGAAGAGAGGGAGCAGAGGGCGAGGGCUAGGCGGACGGCGCACGGGGGAGUGUGGCAGGGGCAAGGUGUGGGGUACGGUGGGGGGUAUGGGGGCGAGGAGGAUUUCUCAUCGCUCACGGAUCGCUUCGGUGGGCUCAACGUGGCUGCUGCUGGCCGUCACGGCGCCUCCCCGCCCGCCCCCUGGCCGCCCCUAGCGGCAACAGUGAACGCGCAGCUCGCACCAAGAGCAGCAGCAGCAACGGGAGGGGCAGCAGCAGCGCCCUCUACUCUCGCCGCUCCUUCUCUCUCACCUGCCACCAAGCCGCCCUCCUCCUCUCCCUUUGGCUUUGCUUCUUCCUCACAAUCCACCUCCUCAUUCUCCUCUCCCUUCUCCUCAUCCCCCUCUCCCUCGCCCUUCACUGCACCGGCCUCCAAGCCAUCCCCCUUCACCACCAGUGCAACUGCUUCACCCUUCUCUUCUACUCCCUUUUCAUCCGCGUCAUCAUUCUCCUCCUCCUCCCCUUUCACCUCCACUUCCCCAUUUUCGUCCGCCUCCCCAUUCUCGCAGACCACCAACCCAUUCCAGCUUCCCAAACAGCCCCCCAAGGCAACCACAACCACUCCCCCUGCCACUCCCCCUGCCACUGCUUCUACGGCUGCUGCCACCACCAGUGCUGCCAGCACAGGCGCAGCCAUGGCAGCUUCAGGAACCACUGCCUCUGCUAAUGCCGCUGCUAAGCCGAGUGCGACUGCCACAACCGCAGCCCCAUCAGCAGGAUCCUCUGCUGCCGCAGCACCCUCCCCCACCCCGUCCUCUCCCCUGCCUGGCUUCUCCUCCGCUCUCCCUUCCUUCUCCUCCCCGUUCUCUUCUGCCUCCAAGCCUGCCUUUGGCGCCAGCAGCACCUCUCCGAAUCUCUUUGCUCCGGCCUCCUUUGCCAUCCCUGCUGCUUCAUCCUCCUCCCCUGCCUCCUCCUCCCCCUUUGGUGCGCCCUCUUCUCUCGGCACCGCCUCUCCAGCCGCCCCUCGCCCCUUUGGCUCUACUACUGGUCCCUUUGCCUUCCCUGCUUCCCCCUCCUCUCCCUUCGGAGCUUCUGCUGCCCCUGCUGCUGCCCAGACCUCUCCCAGCUCAGGGUCAGGCUUCGCGCUGGGUGCAUUCGGGCAGACGCGAAACAUUUCAGGUGCCCCUGCGUUUGGGGCUGCUGCCCAGUUAUCUGCAGCAGCACCAGCUGUGUCUCCAUUCGCUGGGGUGACGUCAGGUGGCGGCUUUGCUGCUGCCGCCCAGGGAGGAGGGGGUUUUGGGGCGUUUGCCAACAAGCCUGCAGCGCUGGCCUCCCGCCCUUUCACGCCCGCCUCCCCUGCCUCUGCUGGCCCCCCGGAGCUCUUUGCCAUGCGCAAUGCUACUGUGGAGUUGGUGUUUCACGCAAGCUAUUUCUCCUCUUUCACGCAAUUCGUCAAACCUCUUACGCAAACAGCAACAAUGGCUCCUGGGACCUUCCGUGCCGCAGCGGCGUCCGCCGUUCAUUCGGGCGGAAGCAUCGGGGGAAACGACGUGCAAGCGCAGCAGCACGCGGAUCCCGGCGGAAGCCGCAGUGCGCAGGCGAGCGGCGGGGGAGUGGCGAACAAGUACGGGCUGCUAGCGGCGGUGAUUGCGGCGCGCGGCGGGUGCGCGGUGCUGGACGGCGGGCUGGCGACGGAGCUGGAGCUGCGCGGCGCGGACCUCAACGACCCGCUGUGGUCCGCCAAGUGCCUAAUGGAGGAGGAAGCUUCCAGCCUCGUUCGCAAGGUUCAUCUGGACUACUACCGCGCGGGCGCCGACAUUUCCAUCUCCGCGUCGUACCAGCAUUCGUGUUCCGCCGUCGCCCACCCAAUCCUCGUAUCCUACCUCGCCUUUCUCUGGAUCUACCUUCUCUGCGGCUUAUGCGUAGUAGUUUUUUACCUCAAUAGUAAAUGGUAUCUUCUUCUUCCGUUUCCCGUCCUCGUUUCUUCCUUGCCUUUCCACCCUUGUUCCUUCCCCCCUCUUCCCGCCAUGCCCCAUCCACCCACUCGUCUCCUCACCUCGGCGCUUCCCCAGGCAACCAUCGAGGGCUUCACGGCGCGCGGGCUGUCGGAGGGGCAGGCGGAGGCGCUGCUGGCACGGAGCGUGCAGCUGGUGGGGGAGGCGCGGGACCGCUUCUGGGCGCAGCACUGCGCGGAGGCGGAGCGGAGGGGGGAGCGGGUGGAGCGCGCGGAGGGCGGCGUGGAGCGCGUGGCGGGGCGCGUGAAGCCGCUGGUGGCGGCGUCCGUCGGAAGCUACGGCGCGUUCCUCGCGGACGGCUCCGAAUACAGUGGCGACUAUGGCGCGGACAUGACAGUGGAACGACUCAUGGCCUUCCAACGCCGCCGACUGCAGGUGCUGGCAGCAGCGGGGCCGGACAUCAUCGCCAUGGAGACCAUCCCAUGCCUUAUCGAGGCUCAGGCCUUGGUGCAGCUGCUAGAGGAGCAGGCAGCGUCAGGCUUGGCAGUACCGGCGUGGAUCAGUUUCAACAGCCUGGAUGGCCGCACAGCGCCGUCAGGCGACCUCUUCUCCACCUGCAUCGCCACCGCUGCUGCCAGCCCGCACGUGGUGGCUGUUGGGAUCAACUGCACGCCGCCCCGCUUCAUCCUGCCGCUUCUGCAUGCUGCUCGGAAGGAGACAUCGAAGCCACUGGUGGUGUACCCCAACAGUGGGGAGGCAUGGGACGGCAUCAACAAGGAAUGGGUGCCAUGCAGUGGGCUGAGCGACGAUGGCUUUGUGUCGUACGCGCCUGAGUGGGUGAGCGCCGGAGCAGCAGUGCUGGGCGGUUGCUGCCGCACCACACCACACACCAUCUUCAGCAUUGCCGAAUGCAUUCACUGCCGAGGAGAAAAGGGGCCAGGGUGGAAGAGAGUGGGGCCUAUUGUUGUUCGCACAGACACGGAAGUAGAUGCAGCUGUUGCAAUAUGA